AAGAAGAAAAAAAGAAAAAAGAAGAAGAAGGGAGAAUAGGGUUGAGAAAAGAGGGAAAGAAGUGGCCCUAGAAGCUAGUUAGGGACGCGAUGCGAUGCGAGUAGGUGCUGCAAAAACUGUUAUAUAUGUGCCUCCUUCGCCCACCCUCAAAUCUACUCUAAUCUCUACUCUCUACUCUACUCUACUCUACUCUCCUCCUCCUCCUCCUUUCAACUCCAACCACCAACAACUAAAUUAAACUAUUCUCUCUUUUACAUUCAAAUUUAACAACCAUAAAUUCCCUAUUCAAUUAUUUACUGUUAAAACUAUUUAAUUACUUUCUACUGCAUGAUCCACACAAUGGCUUCAGCUUGUAUCAACAACAUCGCUAUGUCACCUGAAACCUUCCUCCCAUGGGAUCCUGAACCCGACUUCGAGUUCCGUCUUCAAGAUCCCGUCACCAUGCUUCCCGCCGACCAACUCUUCUCCGACGGUAAACUCGUUCCUCUCCACCUCAAACCAUCUUUCACUUCCUCCUCCUCCUCCUCCGCCGCCACUUCUCCUAAAACAACCACCGCCUCCACAACUACCUCCGACCCCUCUCUCUUCUCUCCUAAAGCUCCUCGUUGUUCUAGCCGUUGGAAAGACAUCUUCGCUUUAAAAAAACUCUACCAUUCCACUAACACACCCAAAACCACACCUUCUUCUAACAAAUCUCUCAAACACCUUCUCGUCUCUCGCAAAACCACUUCUUCGUCGUUUGAUAACACUUCGCUUAACCUUCCUUUGUUGAAAGACUCCGACAAUGAAUCUCUCUCCAUUUCAUCUCGUCUCUCGCUUUCUUCUUCUUCUUCGAGUCACGACCACGACGAUCUUCCUAGACUCUCUCUCGAUUCAGAGAAACCUAACCCCAUUUCAAUUCACCGUAACCCGAACCCGAAUCCAAGGAUCCGGUUAGUUAAACCUAGAGCAGGUUCAUUCGAUGGAAACAAACCGGAUCAACAGGUAACCAGUAAUAAUAGUAAUAAUCAUAAUCACAAUCACAAUCACAACAAUCGGGUCGGAAGGAGUCCGAUUCGGAUGGAAUCAUCCACUACGCAAGGGUGCAGGGGAGUUUCAGUGGAUAGCCCUAGAUUGAACUCAUCAGGGAAGAUAGUGUUUCAGAGCUUAGAAAGAAGUUCAAGCAGUCCUGGGAGUUUCACUGGUGGGCCCCGCUUUAAGCAUCGAGGAAUGGAACGCUCUUAUUCAGCUAAUGUCCGUGUUACUCCGGUUCUUAAUGUUCCGGUUUGUUCGUUGAGAGGCGGUUCCAAAUCCGGUUCGGUUUUUGGGUUCGGUCAGCUUUUUUCUUCGCCGCAGAAGAGAGAUACUACGGUUGGUGGUAAUAACAAGAGUCAUCAACAUCAACAUCCACAUGGUGUUAGGCAUCAACAACACAAACAUGUUUAGACAGAGGAUGGAAGCACAUUGUUAAAUUUGGGGUUAGUUUUUUAUUAACACGUUUAGAUUUAGAUUAAUGUAAAUAAGCAGGAUGAGGUGGGAUUUUCAGAUGUUGUUGCUGUUGAUUAAGUUUAUGUUUAUGUUAAUGAUUAGGAAUUUAGGAUCUAGUUCUUAUUUCUAACUCAGGUAAGUUUUUUCAGUGCAAUUUCAUUGUUACUGUUUGUAAACAUAUGGAAUCUCUCACAUUUUGUUGAAGUUUCUUUUUUGCUUUUUUUUUUUAAUUAAAAAAAUUAUAUCGAGAUCUGUGGUGGUA